CCUGAACUGUCAUUUGUAAGUUGAUAAUAGUUUUUUUUUAUUAAAGAAAAUUCAUAUAAAAAUUGGUAUAUUAAGAAUUUGGUGUACUUUUUUCCUACACAAUUUGUGGAAAAACCACAAAUAUUUUAUAAUAAAAUAAUGGCUGAAACAAAAAAGCCACAAGACAACAUCAUCACUAACAAACAGUCAACAAAUGCCGGUGUUCAAACAUUGAGUCCAUUCGUUUAUUGGGCUCAAACAGAUAAACAAAUUACUUUAAAAGUUGAUCUUAAGGAUGCAAAGAAUACGGAAGUGGAGUUUACUUCAAAAACUGCUAAAUUUAAGGCAAAAGGUCUGGGUGCCAGGGGAGUUAAUGUCUACAAAUUUGAAAUACAUUUCUAUGGUUUCAUAGACGAUGAGGAAUCGACCUAUAAAGUGAAUGACAACAAAGUAGAGUUUACCAUAAAAAAGUGGGAAAAUGGUUGGUGGCCUCGUUUGGUGGCUACACCACAAAAACCCCAAUGGCUGAAAGUUGAUUUCGAUCGCUGGCUUACCGAAGAUGAUUUGGUGGAAGAUGAAAAGCCGCGUGAUGUUAUAGAAGACUACUCAAAAGAAUAUGACCGUUUGCAAAAAGAAGAAAUUGGUUAUAUCAAGGAAAGUUCCAAAAAGGUUUAUAUGGUGUUUUACAAUUUGGCCCAGUUUAUAGGCUUCCUGUACAUACUUAGUGUCAUGGGUGUUUUAUAUUAUCGUGAUGGUGUGGCCUCCAUAACCAAAACCUAUGCCGCUGUGGGAAAUGCCAUGAAAUUUAUACAACUUUUGCAAUAUUUAGAAGUGUUACAUCCCAUUUUUGGCUACACCAAAGGCAGUCCGUUGGUGCCUUUUAUGCAAGUGACUGGGCGAAAUUUUGUACUCUUCUUUAUGAUAGAGUUUGAAGAACGCAUGCAAACAAAACCGGCGGUAUUUUAUGUAUUUCUUAUAUGGUCUUUAGUGGAAGUUUUCCGUUACCCCUACUAUAUUAGUCAAAUCUUGAAGCGGGAAUUUGGGUUGUUAACCUGGUUGCGUUAUACCAUUUGGAUACCUUUAUACCCCUUGGGUAUAUUGUGUGAGGGCAUUAUUAUAUUGCGCAAUAUACCUUAUUUUGAGGAAACCAAACGUUUUAGCGUAGAAAUGCCCAACAAGUGGAACUUUUCAUUUGAUAUGCCUACAUUUUUGAAGAUCUAUUUAAUUGUACUCAUUUUACCGGGUUCGUUUUUCCUGAUGACCCACAUGUCCAAGACUAGAGCAAAGAAAUUGAAUAAAAAGCGUCGUACUCGCAAAUAUAGUGAUUAAGUUUUAAUUUUUACUUUUUUAAAUGUUUAUGUUUUGGUUUUGUUGUAAAAGCAUUAAAACAUUUCUUGUAUUUUAUUUGUAAAAUCUAAAAUUCACACUUUCAAUCAAUCAAUUUUAUUGCAAUAAAACGAAUGUUUCCUAAUCUAAUAUACCAAAAAAGAAAA